CAACUGCCGCCGAAAAUUGCCUUUGUACAUCAUCAUCGUCAGACGGCCGCGUCUCAAUCAGCAAGAAGUACUGCCUCCACGCGUCACGGCCGCGUAUCGAUUGUGCCUUAUCAAUCCCGGCGAAGCGAUAUGCACUGAGUGAACAGGUCCAGCGUCCGCUGUCGGCUCAUCGCUUCACACCCUUCGUACCUUUCCGCCACUGCGACGCAAUGGCUCCAGCCGCCGAACGACGUUCCAGCGACGCCAAAUCCGCCCCGAGCAUCCGGAAAGUGACCAGGUCCAGACAUGGCUGCGAGACGUGUCGAGCGCGGAAAGUGCGAUGCGAUGAGCGACCCGGCAGGUGCUUCAAUUGCGAGCGGCUGGGUCUGAUAUGUGCUCCUUGUGGUAAAGGCGCCGCCGAGAAUGGCUCGUCGACGCAGAACUCACCGCAGCAGCCCGUGACGGCGGCGGUCGCUGUCAACAAUGCCGCUGGUCUGAAGCGGAAACGGACAUAUCGCUCAUGCAGCGACUGCCGAGCCUCGAAAACUCGAUGCUCGGGCCACAAGCCGGUUUGCGUUCGAUGUCGCGACAAGUCGUUGAAGUGCAGGUAUGAGGACGAAUCUGAACCCGCCUGGAAACAGCGAGUGGCGGCCACAGUUCUGCCCAAAGACCAAGCCACCCCCCAAUCUGAAUCGCUACGAAGCGACAGUGGCCUCACCCCAGAAAGUAUCACCAGUCCGGUCAGGAGGCCGGAAGUCACGCCAGCGGGCAGUCUAGGCCUAGGAUCCCCAGUGGUAUCUGUCCACAACGCAACUACCACCCCAGCUGGCGACGAUUUGUACUGGCUCGUUGCACCACAUCUUCCUGAUCGCCACAGGACAAGAGUGCUGGUUGAGCGUUACUUUGCCAAUGUUCACCAUCUUCGUUGCUUUGCCUUCCUUCACAAACCAUCCUUCCUGCAGAAGCUGGACAACGAUGGAGAGAAGAUGCAGCAAGGCAAUGCGUUGCUGCACAUUGUGUGCGCAUUAGGAGCGCUGUUUUACGCUGUCGAAUACGAGACGUCCCGAAAUAUCGCCCUGCCCAUCAAUCCGCUGGACUCUGGAAAGCACUGGGCAUUGCAUGCCAACAACCUGAUUCUUGCACGUCUGAACCGCAUUUCGGUCGAGAAUUUGAUGGCGGCUGUUCUACUGCACGACUACGAGAUUCGCAUGGGCAAUUACUCCAAUGCUUUCAUGUUGAGCGCAAUCACCGCACGGAUGGCACAAGCGCUGCAAAUAAAUCUGGAGCACUCGACAGAUGUGCUUUGUCGAGAGCCUGGGAAUGGCCCCUCGGCUAGCGUCAAGGAGUCUCGUCGCCGGCUCAUGUGGGCGUGCUACAUCACUGACGCACUCGUUGGAAGCGGUAUUGAUCAGCUAACGCUUAUCGAUGAGGCCGACAUCAAAAUACAACUACCAUGUAACGAGCGAAAUUUCGUGCUGGAGGAGCCCUGCAUCACAGAGACUUUGGAAGAAGGUCAUAUGCUGAAGUUUCUUCCACCUGAGCUCCUGCCGACGUUUCCACAAGACUGCAUGGGAAUGACCGCAUUUUAUCUGCGGCAUAUUUCUACCAGACGAAAGGUGCUGAAAUAUAUAAAGCACCUGGAUAGCGCCAAACCGCCGUGGUUUCCAGAUUCGGAGUUCGCUCAGCUCGAUGCUGAAUUGCGGCAUUGGUACGAUAACUUACCCGCAAAUCUGCAAUUCACUCCAACAACGCUGUACAUUCGGCAAGAGACGUCACAGGUUGGUGCGCUAUGCGCAUUACACUACGCAUAUCAUCAGACGAUGUGUGAUCUCUAUCGCAUAGGCACACCCAGCCUGUACAAGUUGCGCGCAUCAUUCACGUAUGGACCCGAGCAGCAAGAUUUCCAUCGCCAUCUUCAGAACACACUUUUUGGGCACGCCAGAAGCCUGGCGACAAUCAUGGCGGAGGCUUUGCGGCAUGGUCCUCAUGCCAUAGCUGACUCUUGGUUGCCAACUAUUCUCUACGACUCCUGCAAAAUUAUGCUGUUCUACCUAACGCAGAUCAUUGACCCAAAGCUAGAAAGCAGCAAGGCGCUACUUGCUGAGACAAUCCCGCAUGUGCAGAACAAUGUCAGAGCUUUGAAAAUCAUGCGCUCCAUGUACGCUGCCGCGAUGCCACUUUCCAAGGCUGCAGAGACGAUGGUCGAGAAAAUCGGCAUAGAGCUGGACAGCGAAUCAAGGAAUCCCGACUUCAUUCAGGAAGACCCCUACGCCAACAACGACGCUGAAGAGCAAGAGCCUCCUGCUUCAGCCCCAGGCUCUCCGGCGCAGAGUGCGCCUGAUUACAUCCUGAACCCGCUUUCGAUAUACCGAUUGGCACGCAAAUCUAUACCGGAGAAGCAUGCACCUGAAAGGCAGCCGGCGCCGACAUCUGCAGGUGUUCAGAGCCUGGCCUCGAGGCCCUUGUCCGCUGGUCAACACUAUUCUUUGGUUGGAGCCGACUCACAUAUUGACCCAGGACUGCGAGCUGGGGGAGUGGCGUCUGACCAGAUCAACCUCGAAGAGCUGCAAUCACUCUUCUCAAGCGAUCCUACCGGGUGGACUUGGCAGCCUGCGGAAACUGCUGUCGGAUCGAGGACUGAGAGCGGCAGUCUGCCGCCCUGGGAGUCGCGAGCACUCGAAGUCGGACUGGACGCUUGGUUGCCGACCUUUGCUUUGGAACCUUGAGGAGGAUUCUAGGACAAAAUGUUGUCCGGGCACGUGUUUGGGUUCUGGUCACAUCCGACCCGGAGGUACGCUGCGGGGACCUGUUGCUAUCUACCAAUCGCCGGCUCAGGUAGAUGGCCGCACGUAUCCUAUCGCAGUGGCUGUCAAUAAGCACUGCGUGCUCUGCGAUAGGCGCGCAAUUAUACUCUCGUCCUCCCGUUGGUAAUGCACUGGAGCUACCAAAGCUCAUGGACCUCUGGGCUCCGAUGAACUCCAUCUGGUAGAGCGUCUCAUCAGAUUCUCAGGCUCUGCGACAGUCAUACGAGCUCCUCUUCAGAUGAGUUGUGGACAUACCGAGUACCUGAAAGUGUAGGUAGCUACGCGCCAAAUACAGAACGCCUACGCUUCAACAUAGCCACA